GCCAUAUGCGGUGGACCAUUUGUCAAAUCUUUCACAAAGGCCAAUAAUCUCGCAUGACACGUGUGAUUUCCCGAUAAAAAGUGUCACGUGCACGAACCCCUCAUGAACUCUGCCACCACCCAGAAACUUUUUCCUACGUCGAAAGGAGAGAGUAGCGUCAUACUGCGAAUUCAGUAGCAGUGACUGGCUGCGUACGGGAUCGUGCUAAUUUCGAACUUUCUGUGACAAAGGGGCGCGCGCGAAAUGCACCGAAAUUCGAAACUGUGUAUUUGUGAAGGCAUACCGUAUGAAUAUUUGUGAACACUGUACUUUUUACUUUUUGGCUAUAACGAUACAUUUAUUAGUUGAGAAGUUUUGGUAGCUACCAAUUUAAAUAGUAUUUAAUAGUAUUUUUCUUGGGAACGAAUAAGCGAUUACGCUCCAAUUUUCUUACUUUGCCAUGAAUUUCUUUAAUUUGUAAUAGAAUACGUUUGUUUUUUUUUUGUGGAUAAGGAUCGCGUGAACGAAUAUCUUUUCUUGCGUGAGAAUUCUUUGGAGAAACGUUCAGACGGUCGAUAAAACGACUGCGAAAAUAAAUGAGGGGAAAAAUAAUAUUGAGCGAAUAUACGGAAUAUAUGUCAGGACCACAAAGAACUGAAGUGAAGGAAGAUAUUGUAUUUAAAAAAAGACAACUCAUAAUUAAUGUGCAUUAGGUUUGCGCAAAUAUUGUAAAUGUAUUAAUGAUAAGGGCCUGACAAUAACAAAACCGUGAAUAUUAAAUGAAACAAAAAAUUUAUGAAAAUCGAUACGAUACAAUUAGAAGAGGUGUUAUCUGCGUGAUAAGCCCUCGUCCUUCUUGUGCUACCAACGUACCCUUCCCUCUGGUAGAGGGUGUCCACAAUACGAGGAGAACUCGAGCGAGACCAGCAAGAGGAGAGAAGUGCGGGGAAAAGAUGAGAGAGGCUGCUGAGCCAACUUAAACGGAGGAGAAACGGACUUCAGGACGUGUUGCCAAGGACAAUUUUCGAAUAACGAAAAUGAAAUGGAACGUUGUACUGUACUUUUGCGCAAUGCUGUCUAUCCCGUUGACAGAUAUUUGCUGGGCAUUCAUGGAUGCGAAAGGAUGCAAUCGCACGAUCAGAAAUUCUGUUGGAUGGAUAAGGUGGACAGGACGAAUGGGGAAAUGUGUUGUAAGAAUUCGAGCACCUCUCGGGGAUCUUCAGGUUAUUGAGCUGAGAAUCCGGAGACUACAAGUGGGUGUACUGAAAAACGCAAGGUGUGAGGGUGCCUAUAUUCAGUUAUCUGACAGCGUAGAAGAUCGAAGUAGCGAUCUAGGACGAUACUGUGGACAUGUCACUACUAAUUCAACAAGGCUUUUUUUAAGACGAGGACCAGAGUUGGCUAUCGUAAUGGAUUCAGAGGUGAAGUUCGCUGCAGCGAAUCCGGUUAUAUUUUCUGCUCAAUUUUCCAUUUUACCAACACGUCUUGCAUUAGACAGGCAUCAUGGGCCGCCUCCAUCGUCAGACGAGUGUCUACUCAACUGCUCUAGCAGAAAUGACCGAAGAACGUGCAAACUUGUGUCUCCAGGUUACCCAGGAGUCUAUCCUCGCGGUAUCACCUGCAGAAUGUCGCUGGAGUCCGUUACAGGAAGGUUCAAGAUUGGCGGCGUUUUAGAAGAUUCAUUUAACUUGAUGAAUUACACGUCCCAGGACGGUUGCCAUACCGAAAAUUGUGAACAACACGUCGAAGUCAAUUCGGCUCACAAAUCUAUUUUAUCAAAUAAAGAAGAACCAAGACUUAUUAGAAGUUUAAAGAGCCUUGAUCAAGACGAGGAAGAUGAGAUUAUUAUUGGACAGGAUGUUAGGCAAGUACAACGGCCAUUAAGAAUUAGAAAUCAUAAAAAGAAUGUAAAGGGUAUACGACAUAGAAAGAAAUUGUCCGAAUUAAAAAUGCGUAAAUCUUAUGGCAGAACACAGUCCAAGCGAAUGGGACACAAGAGAACAAGUGACGCUGAUAAUUCCAAUUGGCGGGGAGGCGAUUUGGAAUUUGAUCGUUUUAAUAGUAAUGGAAUGUCUCAAAUUCAAUCCGGUGAUGUUCGCCAUUCGAUACACUCUCAACGCCAUAAGGAUUCUGAUAAUCAUCAUGAAAGUACGACAAUGAAGUUUCUUGAUGAAAACAUUUUUGAUAAUGAGGAUACUUAUGAAAAAUUAAGUUUUCAAAGUGAAGGUAACUCAAGAGCUCUGAAUACCUACCUCGAUGACAGGAGUGAAGAUAGCGUCAGGUUGAAAAAUGGGAUGGAAAGGGCACACAAAGGCCUCAAUCAUGAAAGAAUGAAUCCUUUGUUCGAACAGAGAUUUCUACGCAGACAUAACAUGCAUGAAAAAUUGGAGAUGCCUGCCUGCAUCGGAGAUUACCUUGCUUUGCACGAAAAUGUAAAUGGCAAAAUUUUUGAAAUUUCAAAGUUUUGUGGAGAAGGUCAUUUUCCUCAUAUAGUAUCUCGCGGUGGAAAUGUUAUUAUUGAGUUUUUUACCGAGCGGGACGGCACGAUCAUGCAUGAUGGUUUCCAAUUGACCUUGCAAGAGACGGAACCUGCGGAAGUGAAUUACAAAAAGAGCUGUGAGUUUUUUUACAGAAGCUUUGAUCGUCCAAGGGACAAUGUGAAAUCUCUUCAAAGUUGGUAUCCACCAAAUACUUUAUGCAGCUAUAGGUUCCUCGGAAAGACUUCGGAAAAGGUUUUUAUUCAAUUGAAAAUCGUAAGGAAUGAAUUAAAUGAUGACUUAGAAAUUGACCAUAGAAAAAAUGUAAGUCUGAAGUAUUGCUCCGGAAAUGAGAUUGCUAUUUACAGUGGUCUAAAUUCUAAUGACAGCUUAAUGUGGUCCUACUGUGAUAUUUCUCAUUCUGACAUUAACAACAUUCAAGUUCCAGUUACCUCAAUUGGAAAUUCCCUUCUUAUUCAAUAUUACAGUGCAAAAGGCUCGUUCAGCGGUCAGGAGUUCACUUAUACAAUUUCGUAUAAAUUCAUGAAGAAAUUACAAACUGGUACUAGAAAGAAGUCGGCUCUUUUUAAUGAUCCUAAGGUUAUUUCAUUAAGGCCUGUGAACUUUUCCGCGCUUAAUUUAACCGAUCACGAAAAUUGUAAUUGUGAUAUUUCCAAUAGAAUUGGGGCAUUUAAAAGUUGGUUCAUGGUUCUUGUGGUUCUUGGAGUAAUUUCAUUUUCCGGUGCCGUUCUUACCAUAGUUACUCUCUUGACGAAAUGUAUGAAAGUGAGAUCGAUAGAAAAAAAAAUGUUGCAAACCGCAAAACAAUAAAUAUAUAAAUUUGA